GAAUCAGAGAGGCAGAAAGCCUCAGCCGCCCUGCCAGAAGCAAGACCGGCCAGCCGCUCUCCAUGGGCGGCAGCUCUGGAUACACCGACCAGACGGCCGCAGCCUUCUCCUAAAUUCUACGUUCCUUCUGUUCUGUUACCAGCCGAGGCCUCGAAAUCUCCCUCGGUUCACAAGAUUCAUAUUCUAGGAGAAGACGAGCGAUCAAAAUUUAUAGCGCACGCUCUUUCGGGUGUGUACGAGUCGGUGGAACUUUUGGGCUGGAAAAGAACGCCCUCACGUUACACAAAUAUUCAGAAAACAUCGAAAGGACAUCGCCGCGAAACGUCGAAGUUCGAACGGAACCCCAUCCAACUUAAGAAACCCGACGAGGAAGAUAAUUCACCCAUCGACCACCUUGUGAUCAGCUCCAAGGCGUUUGGUGCCGAAUCGAGCCUCGAUCAAUACAAGCAUCGCCUCCGUGAAGACACCACCGUGUGUGUGAUGACCGAGGGGCUCGGGGUGCUGGACGAUGUGCGGGCCAAGAUCUUCAACGGAACGUUCCAAAUGCCCAACAUGCUGCUCGGGCACAUGAGCCACAAACUCGCGUUCAACCGAAAUUACAAUUCAGUAAAGCAGCUGAAAGGCGGCCAGCUUCUUAUGACACCGCUGCCAACGACGACAGUCUCUCACAGUUCGAUCGAGCGCAAGACAGAGAACCGUACCAACUUUGUGGAGAGCUUCGGCAGGGCCAGGCAGCUGCGAGGCUCUAUAACGGAAUACGAUUCAUGGCUUCGCUUCAAACUCCCAAGCGUUAUCUUCGCUGCUGUAGCGGAUCCAGUAUGUGUUCUACUCGAUCUACCAUACCAUGGACUCUUGCAGAACCCCCCGGCCCAACGCAUGAUGGAGAGGCUUUUGGACGAAAUCACCCUAACGCUGGAAAUGCUACCCGAACUUGAGUCCUCGACGGUAGUGCGGGACUAUGUUAGAGGAAACCUGAUCAAACGCCAGCUGUACAAGAACAUCAUGGCGAAGAGGGACGCUCAGAGCUCACUCCUCUACCAGGUACAGCACGGGCACCAGACCGACAUCGACUACCUGAACGGAUAUUUUCUCAAGAGAGCAAAGCGUAUUGGGCUGGACCUCAGGAUGAACAAAUUAAUGACAGACAUGGUCAAGGCGAAAACCCUCCAAACGCGGCAGCGCAUCAACACUGACAUCAGAAAAGCGCGUCUAGAGCAGCUCAAAGCUCAGCAGGGAGCCAGCGGUGGUGGUGGUAGUGGGGGGCGAUCUGGUAGCAACGGCGGCGACGAAGAAAACUCAAGAAAGCAAGAAGAAGCCCGGCAGCACAUCCUCAACCAAAUCCUGCACCCCGAGGCAGCCGACCGGCUCGGCCGAAUCCGCCUCGUCAAGGAGUCGCGCGCGACCGACGUGGAGAACCGGCUGAUCAUGCUCGCGCAGUCGGGCCAGCUGCGGCAGAAGGUCACGGAGGAGCAGCUCAAGGACCUCCUCAACGCCGUGGCGGACAAGAAGGAGGAGGAGAAGAUCGUCGUGAGCAGGCGCAAGGGCUGGGACGACGAUGACGACGACCUGUUGGAUUUAUAA